AUGAAUAUCACUAAAAGUAUAAUUAUCUUCGUGUGUUUUCUUAUCGUCUCUGACGUUCUUGCUCAAAUAACAACACCGACAGCUAUCCAAGCUGAACCUCCUAAAGGACCACUACCAGCCAGUGUCCCUAAAGGUGGUCCGAACAAUGGUCCCCUGAUAACUAACCCUCCGAAUGGCAUUCCCCCUCCGGUAAAUGAUCCGAAGAGUCCUCCGAAGGGUGUUGAUCCACCUCCGAAGAGUGAUCCACCGCCGAAUGUUCCUCCGGAAGGUAGUCAACCGACAAGUGCUCCUCCAGCAGGUGUUCCACCGGCAAAUAGUCAACCGACAAGUGUUUUUCCGACAAUUGGUCAACAGGCAGGUGUUCCUCCACCGAUAAAUAGUCAACCGACAGGUGUUCCCCCAACAGGUGGUAAACCUCCAACAAAUGUUUCUCCGACAAGUAGUCAACCGCUAGGUGUUCCUCCAGCAGGUGUUCCUCCGACAAAUAGUCAACCGGCAGCUGGUCAACCGGCAAGUGUUCAUCCAAAAGGUGGUCAGCCAGCAGGUGUUCUUCCGACGGGGAAUAGCGAUCCAAAUAGUGGUCAAAAAACUGAUCCGACAAAAGUUAUAAUUUCCAAUGUUCCAGCUAGUCCACCUCCUGAUGACAAUAUUAUACCUAUCGAUGCUACGGAUACUGCACCAAGCGUUCGGAUUAACUAUUUAGAAUUGGUCGUUGGCUUUUUUGUUCCUUUAUUAAUUGCACGUUCGCAAUAUUAUGGAGUAAUGAAUAAUGAGAAAUCUUAUUCUGGAU